CUUAAUGAAUUAACCAAAUAUUUAACAUUGGUAUUUUUUGCACAUAAUAAUUAUGAAGAAUAAAAACUAGUUAUAAUAUACAGAAAUUUGGACCAAGCUUUCAUACAUAAGCUGAACACUAAUUCAUCUGAAUUAGCAUUGGCAAAUUCAUCUCAUAAUCUAUCUCUAUAGGAAAAAGAAAUGCAUGUUAUGCCAGCUUUGUCAUCAAUAAAGCAUGGAGAAUCGAACCACAGUGCCUUAUUUUCUGCUUCUGGAAUUAUCUAAAAAUCGCCAUCUGCAGCUUUUGCAUUUCUUCUUCUUUUUUGUGUUAUAUCUGGCAACUGUAACAACAAAUUUUCUCAUCAUCUCUGCAAUAGCUUUUGACCAUCGACUGCACAGCCCCAUGUACUUCUUUCUCAUGAAUUUAGCUCUGCAGGACCUGGGUAUUGUUUCAGUCAUUGUCCCCAAAUCCAUGAUAAAUUCUCUUUUGGACACCAGACACAUUUCUUAUUUUGGUUGUGUUGCUCAAUAUUUUCUCUUUCUCUGCUUUGAAGCUUCUGAUUUAUCCCUCCUGACUGUCAUGGCAUAUGAUCGGUAUGUUGCCAUUUGCCACCCACUGCACUAUGAGAUGGUGAUGAAUUGGAAAUCCUGUACCGAAAUCAUAAUUCUAGUGUGGGUUGCUGGUCUCCUCUAUGGAAUGUUGCAUACCACUGGCACUUUUUCCAUCCUUUUUUGUUCUAAUGUAGUUAAUCAAUUUUUCUGUGAAAUUCCACAGUUGUUAAAACUAUCCUGUUCUGCAUUAAAUCUACUUGAGGCUGGAAUUCUUGUGGCCGGUGUUAUUGCUGCACUAGGUUGUUUUACUUUUAUAAUUGUUUCAUAUGCAGUGAUCUUCAAGGCAGUGUUUAGAAUCCCUUCUGAACAAGGAAGGCAAAAAGCUUUAUCCACCUGUAUUCCUCACCUCACAGUAGUGACUAUGUUCUUUUUAAGUGGAUGCUUUGCCUACCUGAGACCUGCCUCUAACACCCCAUCUUACUUAGAUUUGGGGUUGACUGUUCUGUAUUCACUUCUUCCACCUCUGUUCAAUCCAAUUAUUUAUAGCAUGAGACUGGUGUGGCCCUCAAUGAAAUUCUGCUAUGGCAAAACUAGAAGUCACUGUGUCCUGGUUUCUAGUGUGGUGCCUUAA